AUGCCGCUGCUGGCCGACAUGGACGUGGUGAAUCAGCUGGUGGCUGGGGGUCAGUUCCGGGUGGUCAAGGAGCCCCUCGGCUUCGUGAAGGUGCUGCAAUGGGUCUUUGCCAUCUUCGCCUUUGCCACAUGCGGCAGUUACAGUGGGGAGUUCCAGCUGAGUGUGGACUGUGCCAACAAGACCAAGAGUGACCUCAACAUCGAGGUCGAAUUCGAGUACCCCUUCAGGCUGCACGAAGUGUACUUUGAGGCACCCACCUGCCAAGGGGACCCUAAAAAAAUCUUCCUGGUGGGGAACUACUCCUCAUCAGCUGAAUUCUUUGUCACCGUGGCUGUGUUUGCCUUCCUCUACUCCAUGGGGGCUCUGGCUACCUACAUCUUCCUGCAGAACAAGUACCGAGAGAACAACAAAGGGCCCAUGCUGGACUUUCUGGCCACGGCAGUGUUUGCCUUCAUGUGGCUGGUUAGCUCAUCGGCCUGGGCCAAGGGGCUGUCAGACGUGAAGAUGGCCACAGACCCAGAGAACAUUAUUAAGGGGAUGCAUGUCUGCCACCAGCCAGGGAAUACAUGCAAGGAGCUGAGGGACCCUGUGACCUCUGGCCUCAACACCUCAGUGGUGUUUGGCUUCCUGAACCUAGUGCUCUGGGUCGGCAACCUGUGGUUCGUGUUCAAGGAGACAGGCUGGGCCGCCCCAUUCCUGCGCGCUCCUCCUGGUGCCCCCGAGAAGCAACCAGCGCCCGGGGACGCCUAUGGCGAGGCAGGCUACGGGCAGGGCCCCGGCGGGUACGGGCCCCAGGACUCCUACGGGCCCCAGGGCGGCUAUCAGCCAGACUACGGGCAGCCGGCCAGCAGCGGCGGCGGUGGCUAUGGGCCUCAGGGCGACUACGGGCAGCAAGGCUACGGCCCUCAGGGUGCACCCACAUCCUUCUCCAAUCAGAUGUAG